UCAUCCACGAUCUCCUGGAAAUACACCAACGAAAACCCCCAAAUAUUCCCCUAUUUUAGAGAGAGAAUCACAAGAUCAUGAGAUUCAAUUCACCCCCUUUUUGAAUUCAGAAGAAAAAAGAUUCAAGAUUUCUUCUGGGUUUCCAAUCUUGUAAACACCCAUGGAUUACAGGAUCCCUGAUAACGAAGUUGACGAAAUCGAUUACAUAGCAGAUGAGAUAGAUGUUUUGGAUUUUGUGAUGGAUGAUGUGGAGGGAGGUGGUGGUGGAUAUGAAGUCGUUGACGAUUACGAUAUGGUGACGGAUACGUCUUCCGCUCAAGCAAGAAGAGGCAAAGACAUUCAGGGGAUCCCAUGGGAGCGGUUAAAGAUAACCCGAGAAAGUUACAGACGCACGCGAUUAGAACAAUACCGAAACUACGAAAACAUUCCGUUAUCAGGUGAUGCUGUGGAUAAGAAAUGUAAACAAAAGCAGAAGGGUGCUAACUACUACGAAUUUUUUCAUAAUACGAGAUUGGUGAAGCCUACAAUCCUUCACUUUCAGCUUAGGAACCUGGUCUGGGCUACCUCAAAACAUGACGUAUAUCUCAUGUCUAACUACUCAAUCAUGCAUUGGUCGUCGUUAUCGUACAAUUUGUCCGAGAUCCUUAACUUUUCUGGUCAUGUAGCACCUACUGAGAAACAUGCAGGGAGUUUACUGGAAGGUUUUACGCAAACGCAGAUUAGUACUCUAGCGGUCAAAGAUGAUUUUAUAGUUGCCGGAGGAUUUCAAGGAGAGCUUGCGUGUAAGCGGUUGGAUAAACAGGGAGUAAGCUUCUGUACAAGAACAACUUACGAGGAAAAUGCCAUAACAAAUGCCGUUGAGAUAUAUGACAGCUUGAGUGGUGCAAUGCAUUUCAUGGCAUCAAAUAAUGACGGUGGCGUGCGAGAAUACGAUAUGGAGAGAUUUCAGCUUACGAAUCACUUCCGUUUUCCUUGGCCAGUGAAUCAUUCGUCAUUAAGCCCAGAUCGCAAGCUUAUAACCGUCGUUGGAGAUCAUCUCGAUGGACUUAUUGUGGACUCUUCAAAUGGAAAAACGGUUGCAUCCGUCGAAGGUCACCUCGACUACUCAUUUGCAUCCGCAUGGCAUCCAGACGGAAGACUCUUCGCUACAGGAAACCAAGACAAAACCUGCAGGGUAUGGGACUUACGAAACCUCUCAAACCCCGUUUCGGUUCUCAAGGUCAACAUGGGGGCAGUUCGGUCAGUCCGUUUCUCAUCCAAUGGGCAGUUUUUAGUAGUAGCGGAGCCUGCUGAUUUCAUACACAUUUACGACACCAAAUUAAACUGUGAAAAACGGCAAGAAAUCGAUUUUUUUGGGGAAAUCUCGGGUGUGUCGCUAAGUCCCGACGAUGAAACGUUGUAUAUUGGAGUGUGGGACCGGACUUAUGCUAGUUUGUUACAGUAUAACAAACGACAUAAGUACGGUUACCUUGAUUCGUUUGUGUAGGUGUAGGUCUAGUUACUAAAAAAAUAAGAAUUCUGAAAUGAGCUUUGGUUUGAUGCUUGUUCUGGAUUCUGAUUUAGUUUUGGUUAUAUUGGAGUAUAUGAUAUGAUGAUUAAAGACUUGUGUCAUGUAAAACUUUGGUUAAGAUGUAUAGAGCUGGGUUAUCUUUUGAAGAAUA